UGGCACAGCACAAAAAGAGACCUUUUUUAAAAUUCUUUUUUCCACCAGUCAACGUUUGCGUUGGAACCUCGAAAUCAAGCCCCAGCCCAUUAAUAUUUCCUAUUGUCUCUCUCUUCUCUCUCUAUAAAUAUAUUACUAUUUUCUGUUCCCUCUCUCUCUCUCUUCAAUCUCGCCAUUUUUUUACCCUAAAAACUCGUAGAAGAAGCUUUCUUUUCCCGUGUUUUGAAUCUUUCAUAGAUCGUAUGGUUCCUCAUGGCCCCCUAUACACCCCACAACAAUGGAUUCCCUCUCCCCAUUUCUUCAAUCUUCUUUCUCUGUGGGUGCCUCCUCUCUUUCUCUCUCCUCCCCACCUCUCUCUCUCUAACUUCCAGGAAACUCUCCUCCAACACCACCACCACCACCACCACCACGACCACCACCAAGACCAUAUUAAUAGCCUCUGGCGUAUCAGUCCUACUGCUCAUCCUUCUCUCUCUAAUGACUUGUUUUACUUGUUUUAGAGUGAGAAACAAAUGGAAGAAGAACAGGGGAGGAGAGAGAGUGGCCCCAAAGGAAGAAGAGGAGGUUGCAGGGGAGCUGGUGAGGAGGUUUAGUUGGAGAGAUGUGGAGGAGAUGACCAGAAAUUUCAGUUGUGUUAUUGGAGAAGGUGGGUUCAGCACUGUGUAUUUGGGGUAUUUGUGCAGUGAUUCUUUGGAUCAUGGAGCGGUGAAGGUGCACAGAGAGAGUGAGAGAAUGAAGAGGGUGUUUAGGCAGGAGUUGGAGGUUUUAAUGGAUGUUCGCCAUGAAAACAUUGUGAAGUUUCUGGGUUACUGCGAUGAGAAAGAUGAAGGAGCCCUGAUCUUUGAAUACGUGCCCAAUGGAACCCUUCACGACCACCUCCACACCCUCUCCACGCCCCUACCUUGGCAAUCUCGCACGAGUAUAGCCCUCAACCUUGCACGUGCCAUCGAGUUUAUACACGACCGGUGUACCAAGCACAUAGUCCAUUGCGACGUAAAGCCCUCUAACGUUCUCCUCGACCAAAACCUAAACCCCAAGCUCUGCGACUUUGGGUCCGCACGUGUGGGUUUUUCCUCCACCAUUCUCAACACGUGCGAGGGGAGGCGGGCCCCGGUUGUGGGGUCACCUGGUUAUGUGGACCCCCACUAUUUGAGAACAGGGAUUAUAUCUAAGAAGAACGAUGUGUAUAGUUUUGGGGUGUUAUUAUUGGAAUUAAUUACUGGGAUUGAGGCUUUUUGUUCGGAAAAAGGCAGGCUUUUGGCAAAAUUUUCGGUGGAUGACCUCAAGGAUGUGAAGAUUGUGGAUGAGAGGGUGAAAGGGAAUUUUGAGGAGGAAGAGUUUAAGGUUUUGGGGUCCAUUUGUGAGGCCUGUUUUAGGGAACAACCAAGUUUGAGGCCUUCUAUGAGUGAGAUUGUGAAGAUCAUGGAAGACAAGGUUUCUUUUACUUUUAAUUUGGAAUGCAAGGUACAAAAAGUGUAAAAUUGUGGGUUUUUUUUUUUUUUUUUUACCAAAAAAAAAAGGGGUGAUUUUUGGUUGGAUGCUUGGGCUGGGGAGCUCGGCCCAGUACCCAGUACGGCAUGGGCUAUAGUUUAUUGCCUGGGGGGCAGGCUAGGGCCGGUGCUGGCCCAAUUCAACUACGAGUCCAUUUUGGUCUUUUUAUUUUUUUUUCCUUGUUUUUUUUUGUUUUUUUUUCGUUAAUUUUUUGUCCAACCCGCCUGGCUCAGGUCUGGUCCGUUGCCACCCCAUUGGGUAGAUUGUAGAAGGGUCAAGGUGUAAAUUGGUGGUGGUUACGCUCAAAUACAUUUGGCGGUGAUCAUGUGUUCUUUCGGAUACAUGUUUCUUUUGUUGUAAAGAAAAUGUGUACAUUAGCAUGUGGCUUAUAAUAAUGGAAUAUACUUUAUGCAGA